AUGUCUCUUCUUACUAAACCCAACCACCUGACCUACGAACAGCAUUUUGAGCGAGAAUGCGAGUCAUUCCAGGAUGCUCUAGUACGCGAGGCGCGCUCCCUCCAUCUAUUGGAAGAUCGCCGCGCAGAAACCAUUCUAGUCAUCUGUGACCUGAUCGUUUAUCUAGAGAUCAUCGCACAGCUCGCUGAGACUAUGGCCCGGAAGUCCCGUAUGUGUACAACUGUCCUGAUUAGCCCCCCGGGAUAUUUCCUUGGAGAGUUCCAAGACUUUUGCCGCACGAGGAUUCUGCCUGGUUUGGUUAGGUCCUUGACCUGCCUUAAAGAGUCGACUACUAUCUAUCGCGAUAUCAACUGCACAGUUGCUGGUCAGUUGGAGGCGGCUCAUGAGGAUAUGGCUUUUAUCUUGGAUAGUCGCGAGUAG